CCCUAUUUGCCUUUCAAAUCAUUUGGUAAACGAUUCACUUUGCAACUCUUUAUAUUCUUGGCUUAAUGCAACUCAUCGGAAAAAUGUCGAUUAGUUUCUCAAAUAACUGUUUAAAAUAGACAUUAAGGUUAAUUGUCUCCAUAUUUUCGAAUUUAAUUAAUCUACGUUUUACUCCCCGGACUCAAGUGGUGGACGAUUGCAAUGACAACAAAGCAGAAAUAUCCCACUGAAAAGCAGGCGCUUUCCCAGAUAGAACACACAGCCUCCGAGAUCAAAUCCCAUUUGAAUGAGCAACUGAAAACAAUCGACGCCUAUGUGAGCAACCAUGCGACAACGUGCAAUGACAUCAAAGAUUUCCUCAAGAAGAAAGCCGAGUUGGAUUCCGAAUACAGCAAAAAGUUGGAAAAACUCACAGACCAGCACAUUUCAAAGCUCAACCAGCAACUUUCAGCAGGUGACUGCAAAAAGAGCAGCAAGGAACCAGGCACCAAAGGCUUCAAUGGGUUCCAACAGUGUUUCGCCGCAUUACUCAAUAUCUCCAAGCAAGCGAGCGUCGAUGUCGGCAAUGAGUCAUACUUGAUGGGUAAUUAUUUCACAGAGCACGUUGUCGCUGCUGCUACAAAUUUGAAGCAAAUACAUGAACAAAAUAGAACAGUUUUGAUCAAAGCGCAGGAAGAUUUUCAGAUAAACGUAACUCAAUUACUGGGCAAAAUGAAAACAUAUCAGCAGAGUCAUGCAGCGCAUCGUAAUGAAUGCGUGAAAUUCGAAGCAGCAUCGGCAGAAUUUGACAAAGCGAAAUUGGCGGGCGAAUCGAAAGGAAAAACGAGUACUGCUAAAGUAAAAAGUGCAGAAAAGAAACGAGUCAAGUAUCAAGCUACUCGCGACGAGACUUUCGGCAAUCUGAACCAGAGAAGAAAUGAAUACUUGAUGGAAAUCGAAGCUGUUAAUAAUUUUGUUGAUAAUAUGUACAGCAAAAUAGCUCCUCAAACUGUGCAGGCUUCAUUUCUGGGUCAUUACGAAUGGUUCCACAGCCUCUUCCAUACACUGAAUGGAAUAAAAGAGGAAAACAUAAAACGGAAGCUUGAAAAAAUCGAGGAGUUUAGGACUGUUUUGACAGAUUUGAGUGACAGCAAAGAUUUUUCGCGCUUCAUGGAAAAUCAUAUCAAAGUUUUUCUACCCAAAGAUAACUUCAAAUACAUAUUUGUUCCACAUGCUGUGAAAAGUGCGAGGGACGCAAUUUCGAAUCUGAGCCUCGAUCUUGAUCUGAAACAAACGUUUGAUGAUCUCAAGACUUCUAUUGCCUCAGCCGACGGGAAAAUGAUCGAAUCCGAAAGCGAUUUAAGAAUUGAAAACGAAGAAAUUCUAGAAAUUGCACAUAAGUUUUACUUAGAAAGUGCCACGUCGCAAAUUAUUUACUCGCUUUACCCGAGUCGCGAUAAAGCUCUAGAGUUCCUGAGUCAAAACUUCAAUGAAAACAUGAAACUAUUCCGCGAACAUCAGAACUCAUAUCUCCAGAAAAACAUGGCAAAAAUGCCAUUGGAAAAUGAGUUAACAAUUUUACAAGGAAGAAAACACGCGAUUGAAGAUAACUUUGGAGCUGACAUAAAAGUCAACGUGGGAUCCUAUAAAUCCGUAGCCAGGGCUUGCAGUCGCCCCGCGUACCGUGCUCGACCCGUAAUCAGACCAAAGUCUAGAAUAAUUGCACCCCUGUUUGGGGGUCAAAUCGACAACUUUUGCAUAGCCGCACAAGUUGAUGUGCCUACAAUAGUGACAGAGUGUAUACAUAAAAUAGUCAGCACUCCUGGAGGACUCACACACCCUGGACUUUUCAGACUCAGUGGAUCUCAAGGUGAAGUGAACAAUCUGAAGACUUGCUUCAACCAAUCUGAAAACCCUUUCGAAGAGGAUGAAGGUAAAGAGUGGGGAUGGAACAAUAUUGCAGCAGUUCUUAAAUUGUAUUUCCGGGAACUGGAGGAACCUUUGUUUCCAAAAAAUGGUUUCCUAGAAUUAAUUAAGAUCUUCGAAUCGAGACCUCUAAGUGAAUCACAAUUCUUAUCUAAACUGACAGGUUUUGUGACAUCUUUGAACGCCAACGUCAUGAUUACGAUGCGAUAUUUAUUCGACUUUUUAAACUAUCUUGCCAAAUUUUCGGACGAAAAUAAAAUGAAUGAGCACAACUUGGCUAUAGUUUGGGCGCCAACGUUGCUUCCGAUACCGGAUGAACAGAAUCAAGUGAUGUAUCAAAAUAUAACUACUGAACUGAUUGAAGUUUUCAUAAAGCAGACGCAGCAAAUAUUCCCAAGAAAUUAUGGCACCUUGUUCAAGUUUGGAGAGGGCCGACAGUUAGAAGAAAGUGGGAAAAUGGAAGUUUCAGAGGAGUACGACGACGUUGCUUCUGGCAAUGACGAUGACUCACUGUACGGAGUCAGUAAUUCGAACAUGAGUUUAGCUUCUCCAAGCAGCCAAGACUUGUCGGAGAGGAACCAGACUACCGAGUCAUCGGAAUCCGGUGAGUUUCUGGAUCUACAUCGCAGAAUAUCAGUUCCAGCAUCACCAGUUAUCAAGGAUCCCAGUCGGGCAGCUUAUACGCGUUCGUUGUCUAUGUCUGUUGUAGUUCCACCGGGAUCCUCGAGAGCUUUGAUGAACCCAAGUCCGCUCUUGGAAACGGGUAAAAACCCACAGUUUAAAUCUGUCGACAUUCCAAUGGAAGAACCUGCCAUAGACCCUGUUCAGACAUCGACAAAUGAGGAGGCACCUGUCUCAAUGGGCAAAGAUGAUGCUGAACCUAACAAAGCGCCUACGCCAGCAGUGAGAAGAAAAUCAAAACCAACCUUGCUGGAUGUUACGGAAGAACCAAUUAUUGUCGUGCCUGAAAGAGAACAAUCGAUGCUCUAUAAAGAUAAGUUUUGAUGACAAAAAGUUAAACAAAAAUUCAUUUAAAAUUUCAAAAUGACGUUAGAGUAGAAAAUAUAAUAAAACAUUUUUAUGUUUAUUCACCAAAUUCUCAUCUGAAA